AGCAUAAUUUUGUUUAUUCCUAGCUAGGUUUUCUUGUAAAAGCAAAAAAAUGGGAAGAGGAAAGGUUGUUUUGGAGAGAAUAGAAAACAAGAUCAAUCGUCAAGUAACAUUUUCUAAAAGAAGAAAUGGUCUUCUUAAAAAAGCUUUCGAACUCUCUCUUCUUUGUGAUGCUGAAGUUGCUCUCAUCAUCUUCUCUAGCCGCGGCAAGCUUUCUGAAUUUGGCAGCGAUGACAGUGUGGCCAAAACCCUCGAGAGGUACAGGCAGUAUUGCUAUUCUUCAAAAAACGUGAAUAAUAAUGUCGAGGAUGAAACACAGAAUCUGCUCCAAGAAAUUACAAGGUUGAAGACAGAAUCUGAGUCUCUUCAACGUUCUCAAAGGCAUUUUCUUGGAGAAGAACUUGGACCGCUUAGUGUAAAAGAGUUGCAAAAGAUUGAAAAAAAGUUGGAUAAGACUCUCUCACAGGCCCGUGAAAGGAAGACACAAAUGCUAUUGGAAAAACUAGAAGAAUUACGUCAACAGGAGAAUGAUCUUGACGAGGAAAAUAAACAGCUCAAGAAUAAGCUGGAAGAAGAAAAAUGUUUAGAAGCUACUCCUGUUGCAGGAGAGCCAAGCAAGGCAGCAGCAAACAAAUACACCAGGGUGCAUCCUUCAGAACCUACUCAUUUUGGACAGCAGCCCAAUCUGCAGAUGGGGUACCAUCCAUUCAUUCCAGCAGGGAAUAUAGCUGGUGGGAGUGAAGCUGCUCCGGAAUGGCUUGGUUGGACUUCCUAUUCUUAAACAGUAACUAUAUAUUGGCAAAAGGGUUUCAUAUAUCCUUAACUUUAAUCUUUUAACAGAUAAAUAAAAAAGUUAGACAUUUCAAUCCGUCAA